AUGACGGAUUCCGUUGGGACGACUACUACCUCGCCGGCGGCAGAGUCAACUUACACAAUGAUCAUGCCGACCUACGUAUCAGAUUCCGACAGGGACAACUCCUCGUCAGACCGGCCCAAGACCAUAGGUAUUGCCACGGGGUCCGCUGUUGGCGGCGUCGCUGCUGUCGCAGGAAUAUUGGUAUUUGCCUGGAUUAAGCGGAAACGCAUCAAGGAAACAGCCAAGCAAAAGCGGCAGUCUAUCACGCAAAGAUUCUCAGCAACGCCCCCGCCACUACCCCCCAAAGAAUUCCCCUAUCCGACCCCGACCCCGAAAAAGAAGCGGAGGUCGAUGAUACCCAGCUGGGUGCCUUCAGUCAUCAACAAAACGGCGCCGGCUGAACUCCCGGCCACCCCGGUAUCUUUCAGUGCCUGGAAUAAUCAGUGGGAUGGCGUGCAGCCUCCCAACAGAGCUCAUAGGCCGUAUCCUCGGGAUUCGAUGAGCCCGCCGCGGGCCCAUGAGCUGGAAGCAAGGUGGUUGCCUCAGCCGGGGCAGCAUGAAAGGGAGCCUAUGUUCCUCUGA